CCUACGUGAUCAAAGCAGGUUUUGACCAUCAGCUCCACCCACCUUCCGAAGGCAGGCGGCGCUAGAGAUACAAGAGACCGACCACCUCUCCACCACUUGCGCACACUCAGGGACACGCCGGCACGCAUUGACGCUCCAGCUCAUCCCCGUUGUUCAUCUCGGCAAACAUACUACGUCAUCCCGUCCAUCCAUGCAACAACGUCGUCGAUUACAUCCGGCGACUACCGCGGCUGCUGCACUCGGGCCGAAAAAGAAGCAGCUGACCCCAAAGCCCAACGUGCUCCAACUGAAGAAGAAAGGUAUGUAUCGGUAUUGACUAGUGAAGGGUCUCUGCGCUGCUGGAUCUAAUCCACGACGGAAUCGAUGGGUGAGUAGUCGUCGACCCCAUGACCGACAAAACGCCAAAGAAGAAAAAAGGGAAGCAAGCCACCGUUGAAGCCAUCGGUGCAGGUCCAUCAUCACCCGCGUGGGGCAUUCCCUGCGACUCUCUUCCCAAACCAGAAACGACCACUUCGCCCCUGAAAGCGCCGAGUUGGUACUCCGGCACCCUUACGGGAUCACUGGACGACAGACUGCAUCAGGAAAUUGUCGAGUAUGCCAGAUACACGCGUGCAAUUGUGUCUGAAAUGGCUGUGCACAUCGAAAAAACUAUCGAGCUGGUGCGAACGAGCGUGAGAAAGUUGUGGCCAGAAGCGACAGUCGAGACAUAUGGGUCGUAUUCCACUGGCAUUUGGUUGCCCAGCAGCGACAUUGACCUUGUCAUCCUGGGCACGUCAGAUGAUGCCAGCGCCAAUCUCAAACGUCUUGCGGCGUCGCUGAAACACGAAAAGUGGGUCGAAUCCAUUUUGCUUGUGGAGUCGGCAAAGGUCCCGCUGCUCAAGCUAGUCAGCACGGACUCGUCGGUGCCAAUUGACAUUACGUUUGAGUCGGCCAACACGCACAGCGGUCUCUUGGCUCGAGACUUGAUCAAGAGCUUGGUCGACGAACUCCCGGAACUAUAUCCACUGGCAAUCAUAUUCAAGCAGCUCCUGCGCGAACGAGGCCUCAAUGAUGCGUACACGGGUGGUUUGAGCUCGUACUCGAUUGUGCUGAUGAUUGUGCACUUUGCCCAGCUGUGGAGGGCUGGACCCCACGCAUUCAACGCCGCGCUGAUUUACGCAUCGGGAUCGCUUCCCACGGAACCCAUCACCAGCGACUUGUCCAAGGAACCCAAGCUCAAGACUGACAGCCCGAAAAAGCAGAGGAAUUCGCCCGCCGUAGCACUUACACAGGCCCCUCUACCCCCCGUUCUAAAACCUAUCCCAUCUGCCAAUUUCACUCCAGCGAGUCCUCCUCCCGUUAUUCCCAAGUCGUAUGCAGCUAUCCUUGAACCUACGAAGAACAGUGUCAUGUCAUAUGCGGCUGCGGCAGUCGGACCCGCCGCGCCCAUCACAUAUGCGUCGAUGGUAGCGAAAGAAGCGUCGCUCGCGUCUUCAUCGUCAAUACCGAGCAACCUGAACCACCACCAAACAAAAGUCGAAGACCACCAUGACAUUGUCAGCGAAUCAAGCAGCCAAGCGGAUACAGAAGAUACGUCAGCUGAUGAAGCGUGCUGCAGCGAUGACGAGGCCGUGCGGGUGGUGUGUCUCGGCGCUCAUGCACGGCAAUUGCUGGAGUUUUUCGGGUGUGUGUUCAACUACCGCAAGAGCGGUCUCAGUAUUCGAAAUGGCGGGUUCAUUUACCGCUUGCGUGAUAUGAACGAUACGUCGAUGUCGCCAGCGAUUCUCCAGCUCAAGCUCGUGAUUGAAGACCCGAUCCACCCCGAUCGGAACGUGAGCGCUGCCAGCUUUGCCUUUCAAAAGGUCGUGGCCCUCUUUGAAGACUCGUUCUAUGCACUCGAAUAUUUUCGACCGAACCGAUUUACCCCCACGCCACUGAGUGUACUGCUGAGCUGCUCGGGGCACAGAGGGACCCACCGGCGAUACGUACAAGCUGCUAUUGCUGCAAAUGGAAGCGACGGCGAAGAAUGAGCUGCCGUGAAACACUAGUUGGUGUCGUUGAUUAAACUUGGGAACAACUAAAAUAAGUUAUGCACUACUUUACACGCUCGUCCGAUACCAUUCAACGCCGGACGAGACAGCUCGGGGUAUACUACCUAUCCAAUUGGGUGGCCUUGACGCAUAGGUGGGCUUGCUACGCGAGCUGGAUCGGCCACACCAAGCCAGUCGCCGCGGCCACUGGACUGGAGGCGCAGCUGAAGCAGUACUGCAACACUGGGAUCGUUGCAAACACGAGGAUCAUGUGCAUGGCAGUUCUACGUACAGAUGGGUCAAAAGCGUGUCCACGAGUUGAGUAGACGCACUCAAUCGUGUCUGGGGCGUGAUGGGUGUAUGCUUGCAGCCAAGCAAACAACCUGACCUGAUUGAGGACAACGUCUGUAGUUGAGUUCUCUCGUGAAGUCAUCGUUGCCUGCCGGCGGAGGGCAGUGGACGCGUCCGUUCACGGGGAAAGUAGGGCGUCCACGAACUCAGCGGGCCGUUACAUGUCGGCCAAUUCACCAGCUUAAGAAUUCAGAUCGGUUUUACAGACAGCGCUGCUGAAGUGCCAAGUCUCUCUCGUGCGACAGGCCAGCCAACCUUCCCUGGCCUCUGGGUGGCGGACGGGCGUCCAUUGGGAACGGGAGCUUGAAAACAACUGUAGUCGUAUCAUCCACUUGCACGAUCGCACGCGACCUGCACCUUGGACGGAUCGAUUGCCGCCGCCAGAGUUUCGACGGCCACCGUACUGUAU